GCUACAUUUAUGUGGGAAAUAUUGCAUUUUGGCAAGGCUGCAGAUUUCUGGGAAGUUUAAAAAAUGGCUUGGCAUUCACAGUCCUGCACUGCAGAGAAUUCCAGUAUGUUUAACCAAGGCAAAGUCCAUGGAAAGAUGCCAAAUGCUACUUGUGACGUUUUCUUCUGUAACUCUUACAGUGGACUAGAGUGGUACUGCUAUUUCAUAAUUGCACUUUGGUUUCUUGCACUGCUAAUAGGAUUUUUGGGGAAUACAUUGACCCUAUUAUAUUAUACAUACACCAUGAAAUCAUGGACGAGUAGCACUGUAUUUUUGUUCAACCUGGCAUUAUGUGAUUUCACUUGGGUUCUCUUGAUUCCUUUGUCUGUCUACUACCACCUACAUAAGCAACAAAUCCAUUUCAACCCCAUAUUCUGCCAAUUUAAAAAAAUAUUUUUUGACAUUAACAUCUAUGGCAGCAUUUAUUUUCUCACACUGAUCAGUUUUGACCGGUACAUAGGAGCUGUUCAUCCAAUUCGGUCAUUAAAAUGGUGGGAUAAAGAAAAGGCUGUAUUUUGCACCAUUGCCAUAUGGAUCUUCAUCUUCAUAGAAUCAAUUCCUGAUUUUUACUAUUUCUUUGUGGUCCACAAACAGAAGGAUAUUGCAACUGGUCUGGAGAACACUGGAGAACCUGUGUACUUUGGAGAACCCUUAUACUUUAUAGUCCCUUUCUCAAUCUCAAGAGUUUUGUUUGGAUUCCUUAUUCCAAUUGUAGUAAUCUUUACAUGCUAUGUAUUGACACUGAAAGCAUUAUGGCAAAUGAAGAGCCGCCAACAGAGAAGACUCCGAACUGUAAAACCCUUGAUGUUGGUUUUAGCUGCAAUGAUUGUUUUCGCCGUGGCAUUUAUUCCCUAUCAUGUCAUGAUGAUGGCAGUACUAAUUUAUAGACUGAAUUAUCAACUCAACCCAGACAACAUAAGCCUGCUAGUUAAAGUUUAUGAAUUCACAGAAAUCAUCUGUGGCAUUAGUAGCUGCUUAGACCCAGUCAUUUUUAUGUUAGCGAGUAAGAAAUUCCAACAGAAGUUUAAAAAAAUACAAUGCCCUUCAAACCAUAGGUACCACUGCUGUCAAUCACACAGAAUUAGGGAUAUCGUUGAAUUGUGA